GCAGAUUAAGUAAUUUAUCCAUUAGUAUUAACAAUUUCUAAACUUAGAGGUGACUAAUUUGUUGGCAGGUAAAGAACCCUUAAGAAGUUUCUCUGUAGAAGGAUAUGAUCAAGAGUCCUCAUGCUCUCCUUAGUAAAGUUAUCGAGUGCGUGCAACAUGAGAGUUUAAACUGGACAAAUCUCAACUACAGAACAGUCACUGAACAGGACAAGGAUGACAUCUGCGGUUUCCAUAGAAACCAGUGUGUCCAGUGGCUCACCAAGUUGAACAGAAAGUUCAACUUUCAUCAUGAAACUCUUUUUCUGGCCGUGCAUUUAUUGGACAAGUUCCUGUUAAAAGUGAAGACGAAGGUGAAGUACCUGAGAUGUGCCGGCCUGACCUGCCUCUACAUAUCUGCUAAGUUCAACGAAGAAAAUGAGGAUGUACCAACAACGAAGCAUCUUGUUGACGUCAGUGGAUGCGGUUAUUCAGUUGCGGAGGUGGUGAGGAUGGAGGUCUGCCUGCUGCAGUACCUCAACUGGAAUGUCAGCAGUGUCACGUCAUUCGAAUACCUGACUUUGUACCAUGCCCUGCUGACCAUGGAGUUGGAGAGCAAGAACCUGUGUGGCUUGACCUAUCAGGGUAGGAAUUCAGAGGACCUCCUCUCUGACGCCACCACUCUGCUGACGGGCUGCCUGGCUCACCAGGACAUGCUCAACUACCCACCUUCUGUACUGGCUCUCGCCGUUCUCAGCUACCUCGUCAAGAAGUUGAAGUAUAACGUUGCUCUCAAUCUCAUCAAGCAGUUCAGGAAGUUCAUUAAGGUGAACAGUGGAUUGUUGCGGGCGUGCAAGUCUCACCUGUCAACAUUGUUGCCUCAUUAUGCAACUUGUUGCAAGUUUCAACUUGCAACACUGCGCAACAUGCGCUCGUCUUCGUUGUCGGAUUCUGACGCCAGCGACGACGACGACGACUUCUCUGACUACUUCGAGAAUUUAGAUUUGUUUAUAUUCGAAGGAUGUUGUGUGUGUGUAUGUGUGUGUGUGUGUGAAACUUUGUGCUACUUUUCACACUUCAUGCAAGAGACUUUGGUCUGGUAUGAUAGUUUGACAAAUCCGUCAACUAAUAAUUAUAGUUUUGAUUGCGUUCAAUAUUCAAAAAAUUAUGAAAACACUCUGACCUUUAACGUGUUGACCUACGAAGAUUCUAUAAAAAAUAGAAUAUACGUUUUGAAAAUCACCUCAAAUAGCCAGAAGUAUAACAAUUAG